AAGCUAACUUCCAAAAGCCAAAGUAACAAGUCUUCUAUCAACUUCUUGGCCAUAAACUGGAAGACGAUGGGUGGCUUGUUCAGUUCACGGUGUCGCAGCAAGGCUCGGCUAGACGGCAAGACGGCCAUCAUCACUGGCGCCAAUACAGGCAUUGGCAAGGAGACAGCGAUGGACCUGGCACGCAGAGGAGCGACAGUUGUGCUGGCGUGCCGAGACGAGCAGAAGGCGGAGGCGGCGGCGACAGAGCUGCGGAAGCGUCUGCAGAGCUACCAGGGCGCGGGGGAGGUGCGUGUCCAGAGGCUGGACCUCUCGUCGCUGACCUCUGUGCGAGACUGCGCGCGCCGCCUGCUCGAGCAGCACCCCAACAUACACCUGCUCAUCAACAACGCGGGCGUCAUGGCGUGCCCACGCAGCCUGACGGAGGACGGCUUCGAGAUGCAGCUGGGCGUCAACCACCUGGGCCACUUCCUCUUCACCUGCCUGCUGCUGCCCAGGCUGCGCGCCUCUGCUCCUGCUAGGAUCGUCGUCGUCUCUUCCCUAGCUCAUCGCAAUGGGUCUAUUAAUUUCGACGAUCUGAUGUGGGAGAAAUCGUACAGUGCAGUCGGUGCCUACGGACGUAGCAAGCUCGCUAAUAUCUUGUUUGCCAAAGAACUGGCAAAGCGACUGGAAGGUAGCGGCGUAACGACAUACAGCCUGCACCCUGGUGUUAUCGCGACCGAAUUAGGCCGCCAUUUAGACGACUCGUUUUUCCCGGGCCUUAGCUGGAUCUUUGGCAAACUGGGCCGCCUCUACCUGAAAUCACCGAAGCAGGGCGCUCAGACCACCAUAUACUGCGCCGUCGAAGAGAGCAUCAGCAAUGAAAGCGGACUCUACUACAGUGGGUGCAAGAAGGCGACGCCCACACGGCGGGCGCGGAACGCGGAAUCGGCGCGCCGCCUAUGGGAGGAGAGCUUGCGACUUGUCAAGCUGAACGACUGGGACCCCUGCACCGCGCCUGACGGAUCGCAGCCGCUCUGAACUGCCCCUGGACCACUUCGCCAGCUACUAUCUUCUCGCCGCCAUGCCAACUAAGAUGCUUGCUCUCUCUCGUAAAUCACGUACCUUUACUUCGGUGAUGAGCAGCAUCACUGUCCACGCAAUGUGGGCAAGCAUCAUCUUGUCACCAUGCAGCGAACUUGCAACAGUAACAUUUGCUCUCUGUCGUAAAUCACACGAUUUUACUUCGAUGAUGAGUAACUGCUGCUUGCGAGACAAGACACGGGAUUGAGAUUCCUGUCUGUUUUCAUUUUAUAUUCGUAUGAUCAAUUUUUCAGUUUAAGAUUCGCUACUGUCUUAAAAGACUGUUUUCAAAUAAUUGUCUUGCUGGAGU